AUGAAUUGGAAAGCACAUUGUGGCCGCUACUGCUCCUUCUUCCCAUAUUACCUAAUUUUUGUGUUUGUGUUCCUUGGAAUAUUCAUUCGGAAGUAUAAAUAUACUGUUGAUAAGGUAAUUCUCAAUUCGGACUAUGUUAAGUUCAAUGAUUCAGAAGAUCCAACAAUUAUUGGACAUUUGACUGAUAUCCACAUAUCAGACUUCUGGCCUGAUGAUAUCAAAUGGUUCAAAAAUAACUUGUUAAUUUUUAAGGAACAGAUAAAACCGACGUUUACACUUAUAACAGGAGAUAUGGUAGAUAAUUACUAUUCAAAGAACAUUCCCGGUGAUAAUGGGCAAAUAGAAGAUCAAUGGAAGCAGUAUAAUCAAACACUGAGCUCAAUUGGUUUCAAGAAUGAAGAACUAUUCAUAAUUUACGGGAAUCAUGAUGUAUAUGAUCUAGUAGAUAUGGAUGAUUUUCAAAAAAUACCGAUUAAGUACUCAAACAUUUCUCCAGAUUAUUCAUUCUCCAAAGAAAGAGGAAAUGUAAGAAUUAUAUCAUUUAAUCCUCAUGCAUUACCAAAUUGUGUAGGUCCACAGGGGUAUUCACCACCAAUUCUCGCAAAACAUGUUGAUGCAUUAGAAAAAGAGUUCGAAAAACCAUCAGAUAAGAAAUAUACUAUAUUGACUUCACAUUACCCACAUGAAAUGUUUAUCCCUGAUAAUGCAAAGUCCAAAAAGGGAAACAAAUACACCGAUCUAAUGAAGAAAUACAAAGUUACAGCAUUUGUCAAUGGACAUUCCCAUCCAGAUAAAGUUGAAAUAGUUCAUUUUGCUGAUACCAUUGAAAUUACUGGCCUCGCAACUAAAGUUUUUGGUAAUUUCUCUCUAAUUUCAAUUGAUAACGGCAGAUUGAAUUACCAAACGUACGAUCCAGAGAAGAAUAAAGGACCAUAUGCAAUUGUAACGAGUCCAAAUCCUUCCCACAUAUCAGCUUUCAAUUUUCCAGAUCAAGAAUUUCCAAUUAGAAUUGUAAGUUUCGACAAAUCAAAAGCAAGAAACUUUGUUGUAUCAGGUGAUGCUAAAGGAAAACUAGGGUUUGUCAGAUACCUAAACACUGAUAAAAGUGUUGCAUUGUAUCAAAUGAAUGCAAAAUUUGAUACAGGAAUCCAUAAAAUUCAAAUCUCAGGAGAUAUGACAGAAACAGUUACUUUCGCAGUUAAUUGCGAUAGUGGACCAUUUGAAGAAGUUAGAAAGCACCCAUAUAAUCCUUAUUCAGGAAUCGUUGGCUUCCCAUUAUUGUUUUUAUUUAGUUUUAUCAUCAUUUUGUGCAUGUGGAUUCCAAUGAACUUUGUUCAGAAUUCCGCAGAUUAUAUUGUAGGGAAAGGAUCAAGUCAUUGCUGGCUUUGCAUUAUAUUCUUAGGUCCUUUAGUUUAUGGAAGAAGUCUAGGGCAGUUGGAGAUUUGGAUCAAAGUCUUUUUAACUUUUAUCAUUGUAUGGAAUAUUUGUUUACCAAUAUGCUUCUAUCACACAAACACAAAGACAUCAAUGUUAUGGGCAUGGGGAUACGUUGUUAAUGGAUAUCAAGUAUUUGAUGCAUUCUCAGUUUUCCUUGCAGGAAUUUCUAUGAUGGUCUUUAUGCCAGUUAUAUUAUUAGCAGGAAGUGUUUAUUUAGUCAUCAAAAAUGACAGAUGGAGAAGAAGUCAAUUCUUCUUUAUUAUUGAUUUAGUUUAUACUUUUGCCAUUCUUUUCUUCGGAUAUUCAGUUGUUAUUGAUAAAUUUGUCAGAGAUAUUGCCUGGAAGUGGGAAUGGCUUGGUUCUUUCCCAUAUAUCAUAUUCCCAUUGCUAGCAUUUUUAAUGUAUUUACUCUCACCGAUAUUCUGGAAAACAGAAAAGAUUGAUUCAGGAUCUGGUGUUGAACUUAGUGACAACAAAGAUGAGAAAAGCGAUGACGAUAGUAGUAGCAAACCAUAA